AUGGGAACCAAAGUCGGGUACCGUGGGAUAACCACGAUAGCAAAUUCACGGAGUUUUUGUCAGCAUUUCAUGGAUGAUUAUUUUAAAGCAAGUUCAAAAGUCGGGGUGCUGAAAAUUAGGGUUACCAACAUGGAUUCCAUCAAGAACACUAUGCAAAUGCAUGAAGAGAUGUUCAAACACCAGGUACGAGAACUUCAUCGACUGUACAAUGUUCAAAAGAUGCUAAUGGAUGAACUCAAAAAAGAGAUCGGCACAAACAAGUGGGGAAGGAAUGGCAGUUGCUCUGGGGAUCACAUCCGAGCCAUUAAAACGGAAAAGGGCUUCGAUCUGGAGAGACCGGUCGGAGACGAAGAUAGUGAAAUCGAGCUGACACUGAGCAUCGGCGGCGGUUCGAGCAAGAAGAAGGUGGUGAAGAACUCUCAAUCCAAGGGCUAUAAUCAAUCCGGCGGUGAAGGAAUAAGAGAAGUAGAUUCUUCGGGUUCGUUUAAAUCAAAGAAAGGAGAAUAUUUCAAUGGACCCGACACUUCAUCAUUGACCUCUCCAUGGUUUAAGCAUAAACAACCUUUGAACAUAUUCCCAAAAGUUUAA